UAAGUUGAUAAAAAUUAUUUAAACUAAGACCACAAAGCACAAUACUAACACUAAAAUAAAUUCAAAUUUUAAAAAGCGCGACAGAAUUUGGCUAAUUGCUGAAAUUGGGCAUACCUAUAAUUGGAUGACAAUAAAUUUUUUUUAAAUUUAUAAUGGCCACUCCAUUGGCAGAAAAACCGCCAUUGUAUAGAAGCCUUCCAAAUGAAUCUCUGACAUCUAUAUCAACUCCUCCAAGAGUUGGAAAACUUAAUAGGUCAACUCCAGUAUCAACAAAAAGGACAAACUCGACUGCUCGCAUUGGAAGUUUAAGAAAACCUCGAAAAAGAGCAGACUCACUAUCUGAAUCAGAAUCUGAUUUUAGUGGUAAUGAUUUAGAAAACACUCAAGAACAACAAAAAACAAUAAAAAAUAAUAAAAAUGAAAAUAAGUUACAACAAGAAAACAUAAGUACAGAAAAUAAUAAUUGUGAACAAAACAAUGUGCAGCUACAACAGAAUCUAAAACAAAUAAAUGGCGUAAAAACUUCACUAAAUGAUAAAAACAAAUUGAGUAGUCCGAUAUCAGAAGCCAAACAAGAGGACUCUUUUACAAAAGGAUUUAGACACAUAAAUAGUCUUUUAUCAAUAAAAGAAAAUUCUUCAGUGAAACUAAAUGCUAAUAAUUGUGUACCUCGUAGACAUACAGAAGUAAUCUCUCCUUUAGAUAAACAAAACUUGUCAGUUGAUACUCAGUCAACAAAUGAUUUGUUUAAAAGGCGAAACACAACAGAUGCAUCUUGUAAUGAAUUUUUUAGAAAUGAAACUAAGUUAGUUGUUUUAGAAUAUUUAAGUUCUCUUACAACUGACAAAAUAACUGCCAGAAAUAUUGCUAGUCGUAGUAAUAGCAGAGUUAGUCGAAGCAGCAGUCGAGGUAGUAAUGCUAAUUCUAAUCUUAGUGACUUAUAUGUAUCACCGACCAGUUCAAGUGAAAUUAAUAAAAACGAAAAACAUUUAGAAGCAUUCAGUAAAAUAGAAAAUGAAGAAAAAUCAAAAACAUUACCAAGAGAACGAAGAAAAAAAACUUCAAAGGAAGAAGGGGUUCAUAAAGAAAAAGCCAAUACAAUAACCAUAGGUGAAAAUGAAAGAAAACUAUUAAUGGAGCAGCUAGCUGCUUUUAAUGCAGAACAAGCAAAGUUAAGUGGCAAAACACAUUUAAUGCGUAGCAACAGUGAUGUAACCGAGGAGAAUUUUGCUAAUGUUCGAAAAAAACUGAGUCAAAUGAAAGUGCCAGUUAAACAAUGGAUUAGUUCAAACAUGAAAAAAGAAAUAGUUACUUUUGACGCCAAAACUCAAUUAAAAGAACAAUAUUGUAAAUUUAAAAAGCCUCCAAAACCUUUGAGUUCAAAUUUGAAAAAGGACAUAGUUACUUUUGACGCCAAAGCUCAAUUAAAGGCACCAUUAGAUGAAGUUAAUAAACAAAAUAGUAAAUUUAAAAAGCCUCCUAGACCUUUAAGUCUUUCAAUACCUCAGCAUAACAUUAAAGAAUUUCAAGAUAUAGCAGUUGACUUCACUCCACAAGCGUACGCUGUGAAUCGUUUAGAGGAGAUGGCAAUAGAAAUUAUGAAAGAUUUUCCUGACAUACUAUCACAGCAUGUUGAUGAUCUACUCCGACCUCUUGAAAACAACGAUAUGAUAUCUUAUGAAUCAUUUGUGAAAAUUGCAAAAGAUGUUUAUAAUAAAAAUCUUUUUAACGUUUCUGGGAGUGUGUGGACACGAGUGGCACUUGUACUUCAUACUGUUAAAGAAACAAUAUUUUCUGGCAAUCUUGAUGAUGAUCAGUUAGAGUUACUUGUUGAUUAUUCUACUAAAUUUGUAACGGAAAAUGCCGAUGAAAUUGAGAAAACAAUGGAUUUGGAUGAGACGUUGUUUAAUGCAACGGGAUUAGCAUAUAGAGGCAUGAGCAGUGAUGAAGAAUUAACUCCGGACGCAGAAAGCACGAAUUUUCCACAACAGUCUAAUGAAAAUCUUUCAUACACACAAAAAAUUGUUCAAGUGGUAAACGAGUGGACUCCUUUCGGUAUUGCUGCUCUUGCCGUUGGCAUGGGAUUAGCUUAUAGUUAUAUAAAGCCAUAAUCAUUUGAUGUUUGUUUUUAGGAUUUUUGAAGCCAAUCUUAUUUUAAGAUUAAGUUUAUGAGUUUAUAGAGAUUAUCUAAUUUAUUUUGCCUUUCUAAUUUAUGCACUUUCAUUUUCUCUAACAUUUCCUUAUGAAAUGAUUAUAUUGUACUUGUUGAUUGAAAGUUAAAAAAACGCGUGCAAAGUUGUAGAAUUUUUUAUUAGCCGGCUAAUAAAGUUUUUAAUGCAAAA